AUGUCGCGUGAGGGUGUGCACGUAGCGUACAGGGGCUCGCCCAUCUUUGGCAAGCUGGCCCCUGGGUCGCGCAACCCCUCGAGCGUGCCGAUGCAAGCUUCGCAUUCUUCCCCGGCGAACCUCACCUCACCUUCCCACGACGCAUUCAGGUCACCCAUACCGCCUUCGCGAUCUACGUGGGCGAUGGGCGUCCAUGGCUCCACGACCUCGUCCUCAUCGCCCGCUUCGUUAUUCCGAUGCGACGCCGGAUCUUCUUCGCCUUACGCCAGCUCGUACUCCACCGUCGCGUCCUCUCCCAUGACAAAGUCCUCCUCUCUACAAUUAUCGGCGGAGAUGCACGGAAGUUCAAUGUCGAGCUCGCCGAGCUAUGACAUGAUGUUGGAGGACCAACAACAUACUCGGCCCGAGCUGCAACGUCGACUCACGGCUCCGGCCGCCAACUGCGCGUCCGACUCGCCAUCUCGUAGCGGCAGUCCCGCCGGAGUGGUGCGCCGUCCCCCGAUCCCCAAACUGCGUUUCGACCCAGCGACCGAGGUCAAGCGAGGUGUGGCGAAGCAGAGCGAUGAUGCCAGUAUUUGGCCAAAAGAAAUCGACGAAGCAUUCAGGAAUGGUGGGUUGUCAAGCGCUUUGAGAGCGGCGCGUUAUUCAGGAAAUCGCGAGCUGACCUUGUUUCUCGUGAGCCAACAGCCUACUUCAACUUGCCCGAGUUGGGACGCCGCAAGGUGCUCGUCGACGGCAAGCCUGCGGGUCGCAACGAGCUCAUCGCCCUCUACAUCCUGGAUCGGUGCCAUCAAGAGCGCACGCGCAAGCAGAUCUCGAGCCACAUUCAAGUCAUCAAGAACGCGAUCAUCGGUAAGCCCGCCAAAGUCGCCUUGGGAUUUAAACAGAAUUGAGAACAAGGUUCUGACAUCCAUCCUGCUCAACAGCCCAAGGACAGACCCAGACCUUCGAACCUCAGCGGAAAAUGCUGACCGACGCCGAGGCACGUUAUUGGUUUCCGACGCACCAGAUCCAAUGCUUAGAUGGAGCAUCCCCGGAGCCGAUGCCUGGCGUUGACUAUCAACCCCGAGUUGCACUCUACCCGAACUUCCCCGUUUCUGUACCGCCAAAGACAAUGCGACCUAUGGCCAUGACGCCGAUGAUGCCGCAAACCGCCUAUCCGAUGACCCACAUAGCCGGACACCACGCGCCUUACUACCCUUCUGCCCCGUCGUCGUAUGGCCCGAUGCCACUUACCCCCACCACGACCCUCACACAUGCUAUAAGCAACCUCGGAUUACUCUCGGAGCCUUCCCCCGCGAGUCGGUACGCCGGCACAGUGAUGCUCGAGUCGCUGUGCUUCUGGGUGUCCAACGGCAAACCCAAUGGCACCGAGGUGAUGGCGAAACUCGACACGGCAGACGCUGCAACCAGUUCGCAACGCGUUUCCUUCAUCGAGAGUUUACCUCCCGCGACAAUCAGCUACGACCGCCUCAUAAGCAUGUACGACAAAUACCAAUGCCCUUUCAUACACGCUAAGCUCAACGUGACUAUCCCGGACGAGGACUACUCGGGUCGCCCCUUGCCAACGAACUUUCACUCGAGCUAUGUGCUGUCAUCAACGCAGGAGCUCGACAUAUCCGUUGUCACUUCGAUGUACAUUGCCGGCGAGCUUCAGCGUGUCGAAAAGACGAGCUUGAUCGAGCGCGUCUCGGUGGGCAGCCCCGCUUCGGGCUCCGACGUUUCUUCCCCCGCUUCAGCUGCUUCACCCGAGGACCGCGAUGCGUCGCGGUCGUCGCAGAGGAACGCAAAUGGCAAGAUCGAGUACAACGUGCCUUUCGGUGACAAGUUCUGGUCCUGGCUCUUUGCCAAGGAGGCCGAGAUCUAUGAUGACUCGCAUCAAAUCGUCCCCACGCUCAUCUUUACCAAGAACAAAAAGGAGCUGGAGCCGUUCGCGAACAUCGCGGAGGCGGUACUGGUGGUGCAAGAGUUCUCGGUGCACGACGCAGCAAUGGCUUCUUCGAAUGGCGAGGUCCAAAGCGAGGUCGUUCUCGUCGUGGCGCACACCGUUCACCUCCACGAUCCCGCCUGGCCCGGCCGAGCCUUCUCUGUGCUCUCGACGUUGAUCCGGAACCAGCCCGCUCCGCUGCCUGGCAUGCCCGCAGCGGUGUCAAUGCCAAUGCCGAUGCCGAUGCAGAUGCCCAUGUCGAUGCCGAUGCCGGUUCCCAGUCCGGCCGAACGAAUGCCACUCGGCAUGAUCCAGAACCUGCCUCGACAGCCUACUCGCACGGGACCUUCUUCUUCAAGUUUCGGACAUCGCCGCGGCAACUCUGUCAAUAAGCCGAACCUCUCCCUGCAAAUCCCCCCUCUGCCGAACUUUUCGUUUCAGCAAGCCCAGGGCCAAGGGGGAACUACGGCGGCCAUGGGUGGCUUGCACACACCUCUGACGCAAAUCGUCCACACCCCGAUGGACCCUCCUCCCUUCAUCAGUGGCCCACCGCCUCCUCCCCAUGCCCGAGCCCAGCGCAGCUAUUCGCAGUCUUCCAUCUCGCCGUGGGACUGCACAUCGCCGGCGUUCGCGGACCCGUACUCGGCCGAGCAAGGCGCGGGCAUGCCUUUUUUCGGCGAGCACGACGACCAUCUCUCGACGUCCGUUCAAGGCCAUCUCAACGGCGCUCCCAUAAUGGCGGGGGCGCCCAUGUUCCACCAAAUGUCGACGAUGCACCCCACUUCUCGCGCGAUGAUCGACAAGCUCACGGCCGAGGCCUUGGCGGCAGGCACACCGACGAUCGAACACUUCCCCGGUAUGAUCGGUACCCCCAUCACUCUACAUCCGACGAUGAACCGAGUCGCGGGGACCAACAACGCCAGGCACCCCGUCAAAGUUGUGGUCUCCUCGACGCCGAUCGGGUCCCCCCUCAUCUCGACCCAUACCCCUGUUCGGACGCCCGCCCCGGUCGUCUCGUCUCCCGCGGAGGAGGCAACGGCACCUAAGUCAGCUUCCAAGGUUUUGGCUUCGCAUGAGGAACGCGAUUUCUUCUCCGGCCUCCUGGGCGAGUCCCGAUAUGCGUAA